CCGUCCCUGGCUGGGUCUGGCUGGGUGUGCGCCCCCUCCUUCAGCCGUCUGCUCUCCGCUUUCUCCCCAGGAUGCUGACGGAGAGGUCCCCCAGUGACCCGCCGCGGGAUCAUGCAGCGCGCGGCCCCGGAGCCGGAGCGGAGGGCGCCGGCGAGCCGGACUUGGGCUUGGGCUCCGGUAGCAGCAGCAGCGGCGGCGGCGGCGGCGGCGGCGAGGCUGGGCGGCGCGGGGGGGUGGCGCUCCCGGGCCAGACGGCCUUGCUCAACGGGGUUGCCAAGGAGACCGGCCGGCCGCCCCCCUCCCCCGGCCCGCCGCCCCCUGCCGCGCCGGUGCCCGUGAUCGAGCUGGUGCGCGGCGGCCACCCUAUAAAAGCCAGGGAGGCGCCGGCCGGGGCCAUGCAGAGCCAGCCGGGAGACGGCGGCAACAGAGCGCCUGCGGCAGCCCUCGCCACGGGCCCCGGCACGCCCCCCGGCGGCGGCGGCAGCAACAGCAGCGGCGGCGGCGGCGGCCACAGCCACGGCCACAGCCACGACGCCCGCAUGGUGCAGCUGAGCCCCGCCGCAGCGCCCGGCCUCCCGCUCCAGCCGCCCGCCAGGGCCAUGCUCUACGGCCUCGGGCCCCCCGCGCUCAGCGCCGCCAGCAGUGGAUUUUUUGGGGAGCCAGACACCUUCCCGAUGUACAACAAAAACCAAGUGAAAAGAAGACCAUCCCCUUAUGAAGUGGAGAUCUCUGAUGGUCCUCAUACAAAAGUGGUCCGUCGAAUAUUUACCAAUAGUCGGGAGAGAUGGAGGCAGCAGAAUGUCAAUGGGGCCUUUGCUGAGCUUCGUAAGCUCAUCCCAACUCACCCACCAGACAAAAAACUCAGCAAAAAUGAAAUCUUACGCCUGGCUAUGAAAUACAUCAACUUCUUGGCUAAGCUGCUCAACGACCAGGAAGAAGAAGGAAAUCAAAGGGGGAAAGCUAACAAAGACACUGGCAUAGUGCAAGAAGAUCUCCUUCAGGACAUGUUGUCCCCAAACUCAAGCUGUGGAAGUUCAUUAGAUGGAGCAGGAAGCCCAGACAGUUUCACAGAGGAGCAUGACAUGUUAGAUUCUAAACAUGCAAGAGGCAUCCACCACUCUAUUCUUCCAAUCGAAAAUAAUGCACAGCGAUGAUGAAGCACAGGCAAGCCUCUGACACCAUGGCAUUUGGAAGUUAUGCAGCCCUUCCCCCAUUGUUAGCUCAGUCAUUAAAUGGGGACUUCCUGAGAUUUCUUUCAACUGGAACAGGACAACAGGAUUAUAAGGAAUUGAUUCAAAGCAAGUGCAUCUUUCUUGUCUGUGCUGUGAAUGAAGCACAGGCCUGAGAAGUCAUUUUGCUAUCUGUGUUGUUUUUGAAAGAAUGUGUGAAAUGUGUGAGCAGCACAUUUUGUAUUCGAGAAAGGUUGAUAAAUGAACUGUUUUAUGCAGAAUAUCUACAUUUCUGCACUAUAUCGCUCCUCCCCGUUUCUCAGCUGCUCAGACCCAAGUAUCUUCCAUAAUAUGUGUAUGUGGCAUUAUGUUUUUUUUCCUCCAGGCCACUUUGGGAAAAUUGAUGCUUGUCUGCGCAGAUAAUUUUUAUCCAAUAAUUUUUCAUUCUUUUAAGGAAGAAAAGAAAUCCUCUCAUGAUGGAACAGUUGAGACUUUGUGUUGUUUGGUUCCUCUCAUCUUUUUUAAAAAAAUAAAUCUAGCCCAGUUUUGGAUUGUAUUAAUGAUGUGGAAUUCUUUCUGUUUAAUUCUAACAUGCAGUAUCUUCUGAACUGAAAAAAUACAGCAGUGGGAAUUGGAUUCCCAGCUUCUGACACCCCAUCACAAUGAUGAUUUCUUCUGACAUGGGUGAGCAAUGGCAUUUCCCUGGAGUUGUCACUUUGGGGCUCUCUUUUUCAUUUUUACUGAGGGAUGUGUGUGUGUGUGUGUGUGUGUGUGUGUGUGUGUGUGUGUGUGUGUGUGUGUGUGUGAGAGAGAGAGAGAGAGAGAGAGAAAACUGGUAUAAACAAAUUUUCAGCAAUGUACUUUGAUUAUUUUGGAGUUACUUGCAUAAAAGUCAAGAGGUACAAUCUGCCACCACAUCCUCACACAAGUAGCAUGAAAAUGAACAGGAGUUGUGCAGGAGCAUCUCCUCUUCGUGGAUGAUGCUACUAGUCAGCCAAGUAGGUAUUUGCUGACCCCCAGAGGGCAAAUGGCCCAUGGUACUGAGUCUUGUUUAGGAGAAUCUUCCAAGGACACUGCUCAUGAGGUGCUCUUCUCAGGACUUGCAUUAAUUCAGAGUUGAUUUGUAUUAUGUUGCAAAAUAUCCCAGUGAUUAUAGAUCUUCUGCCCAGUGCACUCUAUAGAAAUCUUUUCCUUACCCCAUUUAUUGUGUUCAUUCGGUCCAACCUAUUUGACUUUACAAGGCUGCAGUUCACAAACCACGUGAUUUCACAUGAUCUUAUUGAAGAAUCACUGAAAAUUUUGAGAUUAUUUCAGAGUUACUUCCAAGUACAAUUUUUUAGGAUUAUAGUCUGUUUACACAGGGACUGCAGAAUCAAAAAAUAUUUUCCAUUCUCACGACCACUUUAUUCAUUACAUUUUUUAAAAGUUGCAAUUAAGAUGUUUCAAUGUAAACCUAAAAAUGUAAAAUGUGACUGCAAUUCAUGUAUUGUUGAUAUGCUUGUUGGGGAUCCAUCAUGGGCUAAUGUGCACAUUUUGUGGCAAACCCUGCAGUGCCUCUAUGUAGUGUUUAAAGUGGUUCUAAAGAAUAGCUGCAGCUUAUUUACAGGACUGAAACAUCAUUCACUGCUCUGUCCACACACCUAUUACUGUCUAUGGAGGAUGCAGUUCUGGAAACUUAAUUGAACCUUUUCUUUAACUGUUAUUUGAUAAGCUUUACUUGUACUUGUACAGCUGCUCUUUAAAAUAUAUUUUAAAAAGAAAAAUGAUAUUUUGAACAUAGAGAUUUUAAUUUGGGGUCUUGGGGUGCACAUGCUAAAAAAAUAAAAUAUUUCAGUUAAGUGUUUGGUGCCUUGUAGCCUUGUAGUCCAUAAACAACCUAAGGCAUUUGAAGGCACUGUAGUAAAUGGCUUGUGCAUUGCAAAUAUUAUAUGAACUGGAAGCAAUGAAAAAAAAUAUGCAGAUUAGAAAUGGCAUUGAAAAGACUGAAUCUUGAUGCUUAGUGCAUGUCACCCGUUCAGUGGUCUUGUAGUUCUGCAAAAGCACCAUGUCCUUACUAGACUGUGCCCUCCUUGGCCUCUUAUUUCAGUUGUUACAGUCUCUUUUCUUAGAGGAUACCUAAGAGUGAAGUAAGAAUAAAAAUUAGGGUAUGUAUGAUUUUUUCAAGUGUUUAAAUUGUUUCAUACACAUUCAUGUCUUGUAAUCUUCUACCAACUCUGUGUGGUAGGUCAGUGUCAUUACCCUUAUGUUCAUAUAAGGGUGUGUGGGCUGAGCUAGUGUUGCUGAGUAAGGCCAUCCAGUGCGUUCAUGGCAAAGGCAAGAGUCCAAGUAGGGACUCCCUCCUCUUCUCUGCCAUGCUAUUUGGGUAUAGUUUUUCCUCAGCUUUCUGCCAAUCAAAGCUACCCCUUCUCACAGUUGUCCAUUCCUAGCUACAGUUGCCCUUUACAUCAUUGUUAUAGAAAGAACAAAGCAUUUUUGUGAUUCUUUCAUAACAAUACUAUUUGAAUCUAAAAUAGUUGAAAACUAUCAAUGGGACUGAGAUGACAAAACUCCUAUAGAGAAAACAAUGCUCUAUGUGAUUUCCUCUGAUGCUUUAACUUAGUAGGGAUAAUGAGGUAAUUUUAAUAAAUUACCUUGGGCAGGGAUCCCCAACAUAAUCCUCGUGGACACCAUGAUGCCGGCCAACACCUUCUGUGGUACCUGCCAAGUGUUUUUAAGAAGUGAGUGGGGUUAGGUAGAGCUUUUGCCCAGCAAGGCUUCUGAUUGACUAUUGGACAUUUGAUUGGCUGUGCAAAAACAACAUUGCUUUGGCAGCAGCUGCCAACACAGCACGAGGAGCUUCACUGUGUUCCUGAAGUUGCUGCAGCCGUCAUUUUGUGGUUGGCUCCACCUCUUGCAACAGCCAUUUUGUGGCAGUUAUUUUGUUGCUGCACCCACUAUAUCAUGCCAGAAUUCCAAAUGUGCCUGCAGGCUCAAAGAGAUUGGAGACUUCUGGCCUGGGUCAUUUGCUUGGCAAACCUGACUGAUAUUAGUGGUAAAAUUAUAAGAGUGCUAUUUCACAUAGUUGCUAUGGGUGGUAAGGAUCACACAUAGGUGCUCUGAGACAGAGAUAAUCAUAGAGAACAUUAAUGCCCUAUCAAGAUGUGAGACAUUAUUUCCCAUUUCUCCACAGAGAUUAAUUCUAAUAAUAUAAUAUUAUAAUAGCAGUGAGAACCUUUCUGAAUUGCCCACUUUUCAAUCAACUGCUUUUCCUAGAACAUUUUUUAAAUUGUAAUCCUGAGGAUAAAAUGUGACAUUUUAAAAUUACCAAUAAGACAUCUUGGGUGUCAUUGAUUUUCUUCAGAGUGAAGCAGUGUUUGGUCUAGCAGCAUAUGAUAGACACGAAAUAAAUUCUGGUUUUAUAAUACUUGACAUAAUUACUUAAGUAUAAACCCAGUUAAAUUCAGCAUAUCUUGCAAUUGAAUAAAUAUGCUUAGGAACUGCCUGUAAAACCAUUUCUCAAUUCUCCUUUGAGAAUCCCUAAAAGAAUUAUAGAAUUACACGAGAAAUCAUAAGUUUUUUGUGGUACAGAGACAAAUAACCUGUAUUUAAUCCAAGUCCAUGUCCAGGCUUAAGAGGGGCAGCUCAAUUGCUGGGAGAGGAGUGGGUCCUCAGGAGCAGGAAGAAGAACUGGAUGCCAGCACUAGCCUAGUCCGGACUAAAAUAAUCGUAAAGAGCAGUGUGAGAGUCUGGAAGUGACAAGGCAGGGAAAAAAAUGGUUAAAAGCAGAGGCAUGAGCAAGGACAGAUUUACUGGCUUUAGUGGAAGGCAGCCAACAAAUUCAGAGUCUCCAGAGCCUAAGGUGACAGACAAGACUCUCCUGGAGGCAAGGAUGAAGGCAUUCAUGGCCAGGUGGAAGACAGAAAUGGAAGCUAUAGGGUUGCCAACCUCCAGCUGGGACUUGGAGAUCUCCGCAGAAUUAAAGUUGUGUCCAGAUAUAAAUAUAGGUCCCCCUGGAGAAACAUGACUGCUUUGGAGGUUGGACUUUGUGGCAUUAUAGUCCUCCACAAUCCUGCCCUCACCAGACUCCACUCCCAAAUUUCCAACGCAUUCCCAGCUUGGAGUUGUUAACCCUACUGUUUCAACAGGAAUAGUGGGGUCAUAAUGAUGUGGUACUGUGACUGUAGCUAAAGGGUCUGGGGAGCAGAUAUAGAGAUAGGGCCUGAGGAAAGCAAUGAAGAAGAGAAUGUUGCUUGGCAAGGAGAUCUCCUUGCCUAUGUUGCCAUUAAGCCUGGAAAUCUUUGUUGAAAGCAGUAUAUCCCGUUAAAAGAGACUCAGCUCUUUCCCAGUUUGGUUCUUGUGGAGGCUGAAGAAAGAUGGGAUAGCACUGUAACCCCUGAAUUUUCUCACAUGAUGUAUGUAGACAUGAGGAUUUUGAGAUAUGAUUUUUUUUAUUUUUUUAUUUCUUAAAUUUAUAUACCGCCCGAUCCCAGAAGGGCUCCGUCCCUUGUAUGUCCCUUUAUGUCUUGGUGAUAACAACAACAUAUAGCUACUUCUGUUUGUACUUAUUUAAUAUUCAUGUUAUAUCCAAAAUUAAUCAGCUGGGAACCUGUUCCAUCUAUUUUCAUGUGCACUAAUGCAGUUUAAUAAUAAUAUAUCUCAUUAUUUCAUACAUCAAAAUGUUUUUCCUAACACCAGCAUAACAGCACUUGGUUGAUUAAUAUAUAAGUUGAGCAGUUUGCUUUAUAAACCAUACCUUGGAAGUGUGGAAAUAUGGUGUUUUUUUUAAAAAAAAACACUAUUACCAUGGUACUGAAAAGGUCUUGAGGCGUUUGUUUUGUCAGAUCAGUAGUUUUGAAGAGGGAAGCUUGCUUGGUACUGAGACAUCUAAUGUGGUAGCCAUGAUAAGAAGGAAACUGCAGGGAAGGCACAGCCUUCCCUUUUAAGAGGAAAGCUAUGUGAAUUAUUUUGUGUCAACUAUCAUUAUUUUGUGUCAGUAAUUCACUAUGUGAAUUAUUUUGUGUAUGUAAGCAUUAAACUUUGUAUGUAUAAAAGUAUUUUCAGGUGAAAAUAUUACCUUUAAAAUGUUUUGUUUCUUGAUGUAAGUGUUGUAAGCCCAAUUGGUUUGUUUUAUUUGAAAAUUAUCUUCACCCCAUAUAAACCCAUAUGCUUUAGGUGAUAUUAACCUAGGGUUUAUGAAAUGCAGAAGCUUCCUCCCAGCCUUAAAAUUAUCUUCAUCAACUGAAAUUAAUCAAGGACCUAAUAGCAAGAUUCUAGAUAAAUGCUAAUCUGAGAUCAGGGAACAACAUGUAGUGCUCCAUAAACAACAUC